UAGAAAAACAAGCUCAUAGUUUGAUUCAUUUAUUAAUUUAUCUUUUACUGUAUUAUAUUGUGUAAACUUCUUUUUUUAACAAUACGGUUUUAUUAUUGUUAAAUAAUUAAUAACAACACCAAUAAAUUAAAAUAAAAAAAAAACCCAAACAGUUCAACUCAAAUCCGCAUGCUAACGUUACUGAUCGAGUACAGACCACUAGCAGAGUUGGAUAUUUGUUCAAAUGUUUAGCUAAUAAAAGUAUUCCGGAGUCAUUGUGAACACUUUACGCAUUGAACACAUCCUGUCUGAAGAUAUUCCUUUCAUGACGCUGUCACUUAAAGAUAAAGACCGUCCGGUCAUCAGGAAGCUGUUGGCCGCUGGCUGCUGCGGAAGAUGCGUCCUCCGAUUCUGUUGUGUGGGAAAGUAUUCUUCAUAUCAGCAGUCCUGUGAGGACAUAGAGAAAGAGCUUUUAGCGUUCCUCGGUACGGAUGAUGGCGAGCAAUCCCAUGAUGCCUCAGGAGAGACAGAGACGGGCGAUCCUCCGUGUAAGAAAAUGAAGCUGGAGUCACCUGGAGAGAACGCGAGCGCGGACGGUGCCCCGGAGCCGAAGGUGCAGUCAGGGGUGUGUGUGGCGUGUGUCGGGGUGCUGCAGCACUUCUGCGAUCAGAGUUACGCCAAACAGGUGUCGGACGUUGUGAGAAAAGGCGAGUACCGGUUCGACAGUCUGAUGUUGGCCGUCUCUCUUCCUGCUCAGCUGUCGGUCAGAGAGCAUUCCCUCUGGCUGCACAUCAAGAAGGAAGUCAGGGAGAAGAGCAUGUGUCUGGAUAAGGAGGACGUGGUUCAGGUGAAGGACGCCUUUAAAUGGGCCGUACAGGGACUGGUGGGCAAAGAGCUGGGAGCAUCGGUACUCGCUAACAGUGCAUUCGAGGUCAGCGUGGGUUUCGCGCAUCCAGAAACGGACGGAGAUUGCCACUUCCUGGCUACAGAGUGUCCGGAUUGCUUCAAGCCGACGAAGAACAAAGCCUCUGUGUUCACCAGGAUGGCGGUGGUGAAGGCGCUGGAGAAGAUCUCGGAUACGAAGUUCCUCAGACAUUACCCGUGUCCACCUGUCUCACCCUCCAGCCAGUGCACUCCACUAGACACCACAUGUCUGCAUGCACCUGUCUUCAUAGCAGGGCGGUAUAAUAAGUUCUCACGGGAGCUUCCUCAGACCCCCUGGGUGAUCGACGGAGAGAGACGCAUGGAAGGAUCGGUGGAGGAGUUGAUCGCCAAUCCUCUGCUGACUGCCUUCAAAGCGGACGGUUUUAACUUCUGCUCAUCCGGGAGAGAAGACGUGGACGUACGGACUUUAGGAAAUGGACGUCCGUUUGCCAUCGAGCUUCUGAAUCCACACAGAGCGAAGUUCAACAGAUCCGAAAUGAGACAGCUUCAGGAGACGAUCAACACGUCCUCCGACAAAAUCCGAGUCCGAGACCUGCAGAUCGUAACCAGAGAAGCCACAAGUCGCAUGAAAGAAGGAGAAGAGGAAAAGACCAAGUCCUACAGCGCCCUCAUCUGGACCCAAAAGCCUAUAACGCCUGCCGAUCUGGACUUUUUUGAGAAGAUAAAGGAGCUGAAGAUCGAUCAGAAGACCCCACUCCGAGUCCUCCAUCGCAGGCCGCUUGCGGUCAGACAGAGACACAUCCACUCCAUGAGCGCAAGCUACCUGGAUACACACCACUUCACACUGCAGCUGCGCACCCAGGCCGGGACCUACAUUAAAGAGUUCGUGCACGGAGACUUCGGCCGGACGAAGCCCAACCUCGGCGCCCUCAUGGACACGGAGGUGGACAUUCUGGAGCUGGACGUGGAGUCCGUGGAUGUAGACUGGCCUCCUGCUGUACCCGAGUGAGCGACGGAAACCCAUCCUGAGGAAAUCUUUGGGGAAUUCCCAUCUCCAUACCGACGUCCACACACCAUAUUUCCAUUUAUUGUAGCUCACCGAUGAUGCCGUCAACUCGUGCUAACGUUAAUAGUUGUAGUAAAUCUGCCAUACCGGGGAUACGGUGUGGAUUUAAUCUUAAAUUUGUAUAAAAUCAGGCCGAAAACUAUUCCCGCUGACCGGAGCAGGUCUGCUUUUGGACCGGUGUGAUCAGGACGAUCAUUUCAGCCGGUGUUCUCUGAAAGCGAAGAGAGAAAAGUAUGAUGGUUGUAUCUUUCUUUCUGCUUCUGAAUUCUAAACAAGACCCUCGUUAUCACCGUGUCUUGUGGAUUUUCUGUUAAUAAACCACCCAAAAAAAAAACAAAACCCCUUCAACACUCAGCAGUCGUUAUUAUCUCUACUUCUACAGCCCUCUCCGAAACUAUCGGAACGGCCGGGCCGAUUCAUUUGCUUUCCGCCGUAGACUGACGACAUUUGGGUCCGAGAUCAGAUGAUGAGUAAGAGAAGAGAGUUUAGAAUUUCAGCUUUUAUUUUCCUGAUGUUUAUAUGUAGACGUGUUAAACGACAUAGGACGCGGCAUAUUUUGGAUCAGACUACCUGAUUUUUAGGUUGAGCAAAAAAUAUUGGAACAGGUGUUUCUUGUUACCCAGGUGUGUCCUGUUAGAUUGAUUGUUUAAACAUUAAAUAGUUCUGAACAUCUUCUCAUGGUUUUAGCCUUCAGUUUCACGCGUGAAGACUUAAAAAAAAGAAAAAAAAAAGGAUAAGCCAACACGAAGAUCAGAGAGCUGUCUAUGGGAGAAAAGCAAGCUAUUUUCAUGCUGAGAUCGGAGGUUUUGCACAAACAUUGGGCAUAGCCAAUAGAACAAUUUGGAAUAGUGAAAAUAGAAAGAAACCACUGGUGUACUGAGCAACAGACACUGAAUGGGGCCGCCAAGGAAAACAACAAACCCAAAAACAACAGACAUCGCCAACCCAAACGCCUUUGGUGUAUAGCACAAACAAAUGAAUUGGCUUUGCCGUUCCAAUAGUUUAGAAGGGGUCUCUCUGUGUGUGUGUGUGUGUGUUUGUGUGUGUGUGUGUCAUUUUAAAGCAAGGACAUGUGUAAAGAUCACAUCAUGUUACCUAGCAACAAUGUCAGACUAGCCGUACAACCAUAAAUUGUACGCAAAGCAUACUUUGUCAUGAAUUAUAUAACAAAUAUUGUUUUAUUAAGGUGAAUAUUGAUCAGGUGUAUAUACAGUGUAGGGCAUAAGUUUGCAUCCC